AGAGGCAAACCUCCCGAGGCGCCGCCGCCAAAGGCAGAUUUGGUGGGAGGAGAAGUAGAGGGGUGAAGACAGGCUGGGAGGGGAGAGGUAAGGAGGACAAAUAGGUCGCCGCUCCUGAGGCGGCACAAAGUUCUUCGAGAUGUGGCUGAAGCCCGAGGAAGUGCUGUUGAAAAAUGCGCUGAAGCUGUGGCUGAUGGAAAGAUCCAACGAGUACUUUGUCCUGCAAAGGCGUCGAGGCUACGGGGAAGAAGGCGGAGGGGGACUUACAGGGCUUCUAGUUGGGACUCUUGAUUCUGUCUUAGACUCUACUGCCAAAGUGGCUCCAUUUCGCAUCCUACACCAGACACCAGAUUCUCAAGUUUACUUGUCAAUUGCAUGUGGGGCCAACAGAGAAGAAAUAACAAAACAUUGGGACUGGUUGGAACAAAAUAUAAUGAAGACUUUAUCAGUGUUUGAUUCAAAUGAAGAUAUUACUAAUUUUGUACAAGGCAAAAUAAGAGGACUAAUUGCUGAAGAGGGAAAAGAGUCUUUUGCUAAAGAAGAUGAUCCUGAGAAAUUUCGAGAAGCUCUUUUGAAAUUUGAAAAAUCUUUUGGUUUACCAGAACAGGAAAAAUUAGUAACGUAUUAUUCCUGCAGUUAUUGGAAAGGACGGGUUCCUUGUCAGGGUUGGCUCUAUCUAAGUACCAACUUUCUGAGUUUCUAUUCUUUCUUGCUAGGAUCAGAAAUUAAACUCAUUAUCUCCUGGGACGCAGUCUCAAAACUAGAAAAGACUUCAACUGUUAUACUAACAGAGAGUAUUCAUGUAUGUUCUCAAGGAGAGAAUCACUAUUUUUCAAUGUUUUUGCACAUUAAUGAAACAUACCUUCUUAUGGAACAACUGGCAAACUAUGCCAUAAAGAGACUUUUUGAUAAAGAAACAUUUGAUAAUGACCCAGUCCUUGAUGAUCCUCUACAAAUUACCAAAAGAGGUUUGGAAUAUCGGGCCCACAGUGAGCAAUUCAAAGCCUUUUUUAGGCUACCCAAAGAAGAAACUCUGAAAGAAGUACAUGAAUGUUUCUUAUGGGUACCAUUCAGCCACUUCAGUACUCAUGGAAAAAUGUGCAUUUCAGAAAACUACAUCUGCUUUGCUAGCCAGGAUGGGAAUCUAUGUAGUGUAAUCAUUCCAUUACGAGAGGUCUUAGCUGUAGAUAAAACUGACGACUCCAACAGAUCCGUCAUCAUCAGCAUCAAAGGAAAAACAGCUUUUCGUUUCAAUGAGGUUAAAGACUUUGAACAACUGGUGGCAAAACUCAGGCUUAAGUGCCGAGCAGCUUCAACUCAAUGUGACCUUAGUACAGAGGUUGCUGUUAGCUCUGACUCUACAGGCCCAGCUGAUAAUUUUGAGGAGCAACCUUUGACUUGCCAAAAAGAAUGCAGCAAAACAGUGAACACUGAAGCUUUGAUGACAGUGUUUCACCCUCAAAAUUUGGAGAAUCUGGAUUCUAAAAUGUUGAAAGAAAAGAUGAAGGAACAAUCUUGGAACAUCUUAUUUUCUGAAUGUGGGCGUGGUGUUAGCAUGUUCCGGACAAAGAAGACCCGAGAUCUAGUUGUAAGAGGGAUUCCAGAGACAUUGCGGGGAGAGCUCUGGAUGCUUUUCUCAGGUGCUGUUAAUGACAUGGCUACUAAUCCUGGUUAUUAUGCUGAAGUAGUUGAACAAUCCUUAGGGACCUGCAACCUGGCUACUGAAGAAAUUGAACGUGAUUUACGCCGCUCUCUGCCUGAGCACCCAGCCUUUCAGAGUGAUACUGGCAUAUCUGCUCUGAGGCGGGUACUGACAGCUUAUGCAUAUAGGAAUCCUAAAAUAGGAUACUGCCAGGCGAUGAACAUUUUGACUUCAGUAUUGCUUCUAUAUGCAAAAGAAGAAGAAGCUUUUUGGCUUCUGGUUGCUGUAUGUGAACGAAUGCUGCCUGACUAUUUUAAUCGUCGAAUCAUUGGUGCCUUGGUGGAUCAGGCAGUGUUUGAAGAACUUAUUAGGGAUCACCUUCCUCAGCUGACGGAACACAUGACCGAUAUGACCUUCUUUUCCUCGGUUUCUCUCUCGUGGUUCCUCACACUCUUCAUUAGUGUGCUGCCUAUUGAAAGCGCAGUGAACGUGGUGGACUGUUUCUUCUAUGAUGGGAUAAAGGCCAUUUUACAGCUGGGAUUGGCAAUACUUGACUAUAAUUUAGACAAACUUGUGACGUGUAAAGAUGAUGCGGAAGCUGUGACAGCACUAAACAGGUUCUUUGACAAUGUCAUUAAUAAGGACAGCCCAUUGCCUUCAAAUGUUCAGCAGGGCUCAAAUAUCAAUAAUGAAAAAAGCAGUCACACUAAAGUGGAUAUUACAGAUUUGAUUAGAGAAUCCAAUGAGAAAUAUGGUAGUAUCCGCUAUGAAGAUAUACACAGCAUGCGCUGUCGAAAUCGGUUGUAUGUGAUCCAGACCCUGGAGGAAACAACAAAGCAGAAUGUGUUGCGUGUUGUAUCACAAGAUGUGAAGAUGAAUCUUCAGGAAUUGGAUGAACUUUAUGUCAUUUUUAAGAAAGAGCUGUUUAUAUCUUGUUAUUGGUAUUCGAGUUGUCCAGGAUUGAAGCAUCAUGACCCCAGCCUGUCAUAUUUGGAACAGUAUCAGAUUGACUGCCAGCAGUUCAGAGUGCUGUAUCACUUGUUGAGUCCCUGGGCUCAUUCUGCAAACAGAGACUCGCUAGCUUUAUGGACAUUCAGAUUGUUGGAUGAAAAUUCUGAUUGCCUUAUAAACUUCAAAGAAUUCUCCUCUGCAAUUGAUAUAAUGUACAAUGGAAGUUUUACUGAGAAGCUUAAGCUGCUUUUUAAGAUGCAUAUUCCUCCAGCUUAUACUGAAGUGAUGUCUAAGACUUCUUCCAAGGGCGAUGAGCUUUCCACAGAAGAAUUGCUUUAUUUCAGUCAGCUCCAGGUUUCCAAGCAUGCAGAUGAGAAGGAAGCAGAAUCAGGAAAAAAUACGCCUGAAAAAGGCAAAGGAAAAAUUGAUAUUCAAGCCUAUUUAAGUCAAUGGCAAGAUGAGCUUCUUAAAAAAGAAGAAAACAUUAAAGAUUUACCAAGAAUGAAUCAGUCACAAUUUAUUCAGUUUUCAAAGACCCUGUAUAAUUUAUUUCAUGAAGACCCGGAAGAAGAGUCACUCUAUCAGGCCAUUGCUAUUGUUACCAACCUUUUGCUCAGGAUGGAAGAAGUUGGAAGGAAACUCCAUAGCCCUAAAUCAGCAGCUAGAAGAUUCUCCGGGACAGCCUGUGAUUCUGGAGCCCGUGAGGGGAAUGCAGAGAGCAGUGUGGAGAAAACUCCUUCCUCUCCCAGGGAAGAGCAUCAGUGGUCUUUUGCAUUUGAACAGAUUCUUGCUUCCCUGUUAAAUGAACCAGCUUUGGUGAGGUUUUUUGAGAGACCCUUAGACUUAAAGGCAAAGCUGGAGCGUGCGAAAUGCUCCCAGUUAAAGUCUAGAACCAAGGUGUAAAUCUCUGCCGCUGUUAGCUUUACCAAGAUUCCUGUACGAUCAGCUUGAUUCCUGAGACUACUCAGGGAUGUAUGGCAUUGCCUAUGUGCUUGAAGGCAAAAAGAAAGGUACUCAGAAGCACAAUGAUUCAUUCCUUUGUAUUAAUUGCAGUUAAAAAAAAUUCUGUCAUUCUAUGUGUCCCAAGAUAUCCAGGAUCAGGGUCACAUGCUCAGUGGAACCACCAGAGGGCACCACCAUAUCACUUUAGGGAGUCAGUUUCAAGUUUGUGCUGCUGUUUCCAUGGGAUUAGCGGCUUUUCAAAAGGCAAAGUGUUUAUUAGUGAUGCUGUUAUGGCAUAUUGGUGAACUUUGCUUUUCAAAUUGCCCCAAGCCUGUCAAAACUGGGCUUUAGAACUGUAGCCUUAAUUAUCCAGGAAAUUACCCAUUUAGGGCUUUGCUUUCUAUGUUAUGUUACAGGAACUUUAUUAACUUUUAAGACUUAAUUUUGUUCAACACAGAAAUAAUGAUCUUAAAAAGCAACUUCUGCACUUUCUGUUCUUGAGGCUUCACAAUUUGCUACUGCUAAACACAAAUGAAGAAGUCUAAAUUCUGGACUAAUAUAAGGAAAAACAUCACUGGAUUUAGGUUUACAUAGAAUAAAGCCAGUGUUUGGAGAAAGGUUAAGAAACAGUUCAGUUGACUAUAUAGCUCUUUCAUUUACACUGAGACAUAACUAAAACUUCUUUAGUGGACUGUCGUGUGUGGCAUCUUCUCAGAAUGGCUUGUGAUUGCUUGUGUCCCAGCUUUAUAUUUUGAAUUUUCAUCAGCUGUGUUUUAAUUUAUAGGAGGUAGUGUGGAACAGUUACACUAAUACUGAAUUGCUUCGUUAGUUUCACAAGCACAUGAAGUAUAGUUCACAUAUACUUACUAAGGCACUAUGUAGAAUUGCCAGCAUCUACCUAAAAAGGUUCGACUCUCUGACUUAGAUGAGCAAUUUUUCACAUAUUUUAGGCUUCUUCUAGGUCAGACAUGACAUGACAGUCCAUUUAAAUAUAAAUGGACUUUGAUAGCACUUUAUAAAAACUAACAAUCAAACCACAUGGACCUGUCCUGUCUUCUGCCAUCUCUGACAAGAGUAAUUUAUUAAGCAGUUGACUUAGGAAAUGGGGCAGGAAUCAGCCUGAGGAGUUUCUGCUUUCAUGCUAGGCUUUGAUUUCAAACCCUCUUACUUGACUAGAAACGAGAGAGAGAGAGAGAGAGAGAGAGAGAGAGAGAGAGAGAGAGAGAGAGAGAAAGAAAGAGAGAGAGCAGACCUCCUUCAUGGUGACCAAAGAAGUCUCCCUUUCUGGGAAGGAAUUGGUGUGGUCAGGUUUUAGCAAGAAUAGACUGUGAAUAAAACAGAGGGCUAUGCCAUGUAGCAUAUAUUCUUUUCAAUGAAGCAAAAACACUUUUCAAGUUGAGUCUUUGAGAAUCUGUAAGUUGGAAUUUACCAAAUACUGGUAGCAUCUUUAAGAUUUGAUUAUACUGUCUUUUCAAGGAAAUUGCCACUUAAAAGAGAUAAUUUAGAACUAAGCCUUUCUGCUUUGACUCAGAAUUGAUGUGCUAAAAUAUGUCCUGGUUUUCAAUCUUAGUUUAUAUGCGAACUGUCACAUCUGCUCUUAUGUAUUGAUUGUUAAAUUAUACGACAAUAGCUCUAGAAAAACAUAUGGUCUGUGCUUAUAUACAAAAGCACUGUUACACACACUGUUUUGAAUAUUUCGUCAGUUGUAUUUACAACAAAUCCUUUCUUAAAAAUAUGCUGUUAAUUUUUGAUAUUAUUUUAAAGUCAGAAUAGUGAAGAUUACUGAAUAUUGUAUUUUAGGCUAGACUAAUUGAAAAUAAAUACUUAAAGAGAUUUUUAGAGUUUCAAGAAGAUUAUAAAUGAAGGUUAACAAGCCAAUAAUGUAUUUUCUGGUUCUGCAGGGGAGAUAAGCUGAACAUAUUAUAGUUUUAUAGCUGCCGCCUUGUUAAGCAAAUGAGCUGUUCCUAAUAUUCAGAAUAUUUUGUUGUGUCAAACUGGACCCGUGCAUUAUGACUUUUACAUUAAAUGUUAUAAAGUGACUUUGUCUUUAUAAAACUAAGUAUUAAAAUCUAUUAUAUUAAAUAUAAAAAUGUUUAUUUAAAAAGUGAAUGUCGUGUAUUAUCCAUUUUACAUACACAUGGUUAAAAUACCAUUUGAGGGUGUCCUUUCUACUGCAGUUUAGAAUCUUGU